UGUAAAAACAAUAACAAACGUAAAUAACAGGUGCAAUGCUGCGCAAUGUUGUUGUGGGCAUGUCCGGCGGCGUUGAUAGCGCUGUCAGCGCACAUCUGCUAAAGGAGCGUGGAUUCAAUGUGCUCGGCGUGUUCAUGCGCAACUGGGACGAGCAUGAUGAAGCCGGUCGCUGCAGUGGCGAGCAGGAUCUUAAGGAUGCAGAGUGGGCAUGCCAGCGAUUACAAAUUGAGCUGCGGCAAGUUAACUAUGUAAAGCAAUACUGGACAGCUGUGUUUAGCCAGUUUCUGGAGGACUAUCAGCUAGGUUUGACGCCCAACCCGGACAUAUUGUGUAACAAGCACAUCAAGUUUGAUCUGUUCCAGCGACAUGCGCUAGAUACACUGCAGUAUGAUGCUGUGGCUACAGGCCACUAUGCACGCAAUAGCCGCGGUGACUACCUGGAGCAGCCACUAGAGCGAGUGCGAUUGUUAAUACCCAAGGACACGUUCAAGGAUCAGACGUUCUUUCUGUCAGGCAUAGCACAGGCAGCACUGCAGCGCACCAUGUUUCCGCUUGGUGGCUUGCUUAAGGACGAGGUGAAACAGCUGGCACGUCGCAUUGGCCUACGCCGACUGGCCGAGAAGCGCGAAAGCACAGGCAUCUGUUUUGUGGGCAAGCGUGACUUCAAGAGCUUCAUCAGUGAGUACAUCAGCGCCAAGCCUGGCAACUUUGUGGACGUUGACAGCGGCGAAGUUGUGGGCAGCCACGAGGGCAUUCACCAAUGGACUGUGGGCCAACGUUGCCGUCUUAGCUCGUAUCUACAGCCAUACUAUGUAGCACACAAAGAAGCUGCCAGCAAUACCAUUUACGUUGCCGCUGGCCAUGAACAUCCUGCGCUGCACUGCAAGCGAAUUCACAUUGGUGCCAUCAAUUGGCUCUGCAGUGAGUCGCAACAACAGCUGAUCUCCCAGGGCAGUCUUCGCUGUCGCUUUCGUUUCCAGCAUACCAAGCCUUUGGUCGACUGUGAGUUGCGUGCUGAUGAGGUGUUACUCCAAGAGCCGCUGCGUGCCAUCACACCCGGGCAGUACGCUGUCUUCUACGAUGAUGUGGCCUGUCUAGGAGCAGCACGUAUUUUCCAUGGUGAGCCGCUGCAGCAGCAGUCAGCGGUAGCUAUGAAGAGCUAGCAGCUGUUAAUAUUAGAUUAUGUAAAUAAUAUCUUAAGUAUAAAUAUAAAUUUAA